AUGGCAGGAAGCUUGUCUUUGGAUCAUCCAUGGGCAUUUGUCUUUGGCAUCUUAGGCAAUGCCAUCUCCUUCAUGGUGUACCUCUCUCCACUGCCAACAUUUUAUCGAAUUUAUCGAAGGAAAUCGACCGAAGAUUUCCAGUCCCUGCCUUACGUGGUGGCGUUACUCAGCGCAAUGCUUUGGAUGUUUUAUGCAUUCAUCAAAAGCAAUGCUUAUCUCCUCGUCACCAUCAACUCCUUCGGAUGUGUUAUUGAAACCACUUAUAUUAUCAUUUUUCUCAUUUAUGCCUCUACGAAGGCCAGGGUGCACACAAUCAAGAUGAUGGCACUCUUAAACGUGGGAUUAUUAUCUUUCAUAGUUCUAUGCAUUCUCCUCAUCUCUAAUGACUCACUUCGCCUUCAAGUUCUUGGCUGGAUCUGUGUUAUAUUCUCUGUCACCGUAUUUGCUGCUCCUCUAAGUAUAAUUAGGGAGGUCAUUCGUAGCAAAAGUGUGGAGUACAUGCCAUUCACUUUGUCAUUAUUCCUCACAUUAAGCGCGGUGGCUUGGUUCUUCUUUGGCAUCUUCACUAAAGACAUUUAUGUUGCGCUCCCAAAUGUAUUGGGAUUCUCAUUUGGUGCGGUUCAAAUGUUGCUUUAUAUCGUCUACAAAGAUGCCAACGCUCCUAAGAGGUUGGAAGUGGAAGGAAAUACGCAAGUGAAUAUACUUUGUUCGGUCGAGAUACUUGUCGUUGGUGAUGCGGGAGCAAAGUCAAUAGACAUUGAUGGGAUGAAAAAAGACGAAGGAGAAUAAGGACGAUAGUGGUGGCAUGGGAGAACAUUGAAAUGGGUCUAAAUUGAGAAAAAAUAAUGCAUUUAGA